GCUCUUACCGCCAUCAUCGCAGCAGCAAUGCUCGAUUAUAUCCCUUUCUACAGACCGCUCGCCGCCCCCAACAAUAGGCUCGCCAAAUACGUCCUCCUGCCCGGUCGCCCGUCGCAUAUCGACAAGGAACCGAUCCUGACGGGCCUCCGGCCGGGCCUCUCCUUCGAGAGUCGCCUUCCGCGUGAUCGGGAGGAUCCUUGCUCAUUCCGAACGAGGCUGAUCGAUCCUUUGACCGGCUCCGACGUCGAUCUCACUCUGGGGAGCACAGAGACGCUGCUCAGCAGUGAUGAUUUCGCGUUUGAUGACACCCAGUGCGUCUCUGUCGGUCGAUGGACGGGGAAAUUCAUGGCCAACCCCGAGAUUCCAACCCUUUGGGGACCGGGCCGCACGCAGCCCAACGAGGCCGGAAUUAUGAAGAUGGACGUAGCUCCCCACCCGAGCUCAGCCCCGGCGGACGAUGCCGCGCCGAAGGAUUACGAGAAGCUCGAACCUAUCGAGCCCGCUGCGACCGACGACACGUGCAGACUCGCCAUCGCGCCCUUCGGUGGGCACCAGGACCGGGCAGUCUCCCAGGCUCUCUCUAACAGCGGCAACGGAGAAGCCGGCGGCAGCAUGGAAGCCAUGAACAUGCCGUUCUGGGACCUUCCCAGGCGCCCGAAGCGGCACCCGGCCCGCCCCGCCGACGCCAUUCCCGACGACAUGUCCGUCAUCUCGGACGCGUCGCUCAUCCCGACCUACUGCCCGACCGACGUCGCCAGACAGCAGCGCCCCCCGCCCCGCGCCCUCCUCGUCAAGCGCCUGAUCCGCGCCAAGGCGAGGGCGGCCAGGCAGGCCAUGCGCCAGCUGAGGCGCUCGUGCCGCGACGCCGUCGAGCACGUCUUCGUCGAACCCGCUGCCCACGCUACCACCCCCUCCUCCUCCUCCUCCUCCUCCUCCUCCACCACCACCAAGUGUUUCGCCGUUGGCUUGACACAGUGAUGGGAGCGUGCAGCGACACAAGGCAUCGUCCUCCCUGGAAAAGCGAGGAGACUGACUACACAAAGAAUGGAAGGGGGGAGGAGAGGCUAAGUUCGCGGCCCUAAAGUUGGAGAGGGAACUUAAAAGAGACAUCAGCAGACUGGUCAAGCUUCACGCAGCGACAGUUUUUUUUUCUCCCUUCUUUAAUGAUACCCCCCUCAUUGUUGGUUUGAUUUGGCGUUUCGGGCUGCUUUUUAUUCCUGGAAUGUUUUUGGUCAAAUCUUCUAUCUCUCUUUCUCUCUCACUUUCUUGCUCGCACACAUCCUCUCACGAUGUAGACCCCGCCUGCCCUUGUGUGCUGUGUGCUGGAAAAGGGAUCCGGCUCUGCCCAGGAAGAAUUCGAUGAUGUUCUUGGGGGAAGGCGCUAGGUUCGUCGUAAUUCAUAUCAAUAACCUUUGAGCCAAAGCUGUCUCCUACGGAUUGACU